UGCUAAUGUUGGCCAGGCAGUGUACUGACGUUAGCUAGCAGGCUAACUUGGUACUCCAAGUCAAAACAAGUUUAUUUUUCGAGCCCGUGGCUGGCUAGUUACCCACCCACCGUUAAGGUGUCUUUUCGGGUUUGUUCCAUGCAAUUGUAUUAUCAACAUUUUAAAGACAAUUUCCAUCUAUUCUGCCGCGCGAGCCUGGAUCCCCACUCACCGGCCCGAGUUGUGUCUGUGAGGUCGUGGUUGGCGGCGCUCCUCGGGAACUCCUUCAGUUUCCUGCCGCUGAGGUUGAGGCAACCAGUUGCGGAGGCUUCGUCUAAUGCCCUGUCCAGUGACCGAUUCCAAGGUACAGGAACCGGUACCCCUACUCCAUUCCCGGGAGCCCCUACAGUUCCAGAAUUGCCGAACGCAAAAGUGUGUUGGACUGUGGAGGGUCGGAGUUUGAGGAUGGAGAGGAGGUGUAUGAUGCGAUUGGUGGGCUGCUGCAGGGGUCAUCGGCUGACUGUAAAAACGAGGAUGACAUCCGGGACAUCUGUCAGCAGAUGUUCAACACUCUUAAACUGAGUAACGGCCAUGCCGCUUCAAAGCAAGUGCUGCUCGACACUCCGGUGCAGUUGUCUCAGAUAUCUGCAGAGUGUGUAUCUGCCACUAACGAUGUCCAAGGGAUCUGGAUGAUGAAGAGGGGCCAGAAUACAACUGUGGACGCGAGGAAGCUGGAGAAGGCCGAAGCCAAGCUGAAGCAAAAACAAGGGAGGAGGAAUGAACGGGAUUCGCAAAAAACAACUAGUCCACUGGUACUGGAGGAGGCAUCAGCCAGCCAGGCCAGUAGCAAAAAGGACAGUCGCGUUGACUUGUCCGGGAAGAAUCGCACCUACGACAUCCGCAUCGAGAACUUUGACGUGUCGUUUGGCGAGCGGUCCUUGCUGCAGGGAGCGGAGCUGUCUCUGUCAACAGGUCGCCGCUACGGCCUGAUUGGCCGCAACGGCCUGGGGAAGACCACGCUACUGAAGAUGCUGGCGAGCCGCAGCCUGCGCGUCCCCGCCCACAUCACGAUCCUGCACGUGGAGCAGGAGGUCGCUGGCGAUGACACAGGGGCACUGCAGAGCGUGCUCGAGAGCGACACGGUCCGGGAGGGGCUCCUGACGGAGGAACGCCUGCUGAAUGCGCGCAUCGCCAACGGAACUGCUGAAGGAAUGGAGACUGUUCGACUGUCGGAGAUCUAUGCUAAACUGGAGGAGAUUGAAGCAGACAAAGCACCUGCCCGAGCUUCAAUCAUCCUAUGUGGUUUAGGUUUUUCUCCCAAAAUGCAAACGCUGACAACCAAGGAGUUUUCUGGAGGGUGGCGAAUGAGAUUAGCUCUGGCUAGAGCUCUCUUCGCCAAGCCUGAUCUUUUGUUACUUGAUGAGCCCACCAACAUGUUGGACGUCCGAGCCAUUCUUUGGCUGGAGAAUUACCUGCAGACCUGGCAGACCACCAUCCUGGUGGUGUCCCACGACCGGAACUUUCUCAACGCCGUGGUGACUGACAUCAUCCACCUGCACUCGCAGCGGCUGGAGAGUUACCGCGGUGACUACGAGAACUUUGUCAAGACCAAAGAGGACCGCCUGAAGAACCAGCAGAGGGAGUACGAAGCCCAGUUUCAGUACAGAGAGCACAUCCAGGUGUUUAUCGACCGGUUCAGAUACAACGCCAACAGAGCGGCACAGGUGCAGAGUAAACUGAAACUGUUAGAAAAACUGCCGGAACUCAAACCCCUGGAGAAGGAAACCGAAGUCACCUUAAAGUUCCCUGAUAACUUUGAGAAGCUGUCUCCCCCGGUGCUCCAGUUGGAUGAGGUGGAGUUCUACUAUAACACUGACCAGCGCCUCUUCACACAGCUGUCUGUGUCUGCAGACCUGGAGUCUCGCAUCUGCAUCGUGGGUGAGAACGGGGCGGGUAAAUCCACCAUGCUCAAGCUACUGAUGGGAGAGUUAACGCCUGUCAAUGGCAUCAGACACGCCCACCGGAACCUGAAGAUCGGUUAUUUCAGUCAGCACCACGUGGAUCAACUGGACCUCAACGUGUGUUCAAUUGAGCUGCUACUCAACAAAUUCCCAGGUCGUAACGAGGAGGAGUACAGACACCAGCUGGGUGGCUAUGGGAUAACAGGGGAGCUGGCAACUCGGCCGGUGGCCAGUUUGUCAGGAGGGCAGAAGAGCCGGGUUGCCUUCGCUCAGAUGACAAUGCCUUGCCCCAACUUCUAUAUCCUUGACGAGCCGACCAAUCACCUGGACAUGGAAACGAUCGAGGCUCUAGCGAAAGCGCUCAACAAAUUCAAAGGUGGAGUGGUCCUUGUCUCUCACGACGAGCGUCUGAUCCGGCUCGUGUGCAGAGAGCUGUGGGUCUGUGAGCACGGGAACGUGCGGCGAGUGGAUGGGGGCUUCGACGAGUACCGGGAUAUCUUGCAAGAACAGUUCCGCAAGGAGGGCUACCUGUGAGGGGCAACUCACCCAUUACGCCAACUAUGACAGUCAUGCCAAGUUGCCAAUUGACUUCAAUAACCUAAAGCCCCCCCACUCUUCACUCCCUGACUGCCAAUCAUCAUCCUCAGGGGGAGAACUGAGUUUAACUGGCUACUCUCCCGGCAUCCUCUCUGCUCCCCCACACUACCGUUUUUGUUUUGUUUGUGAUUUAGUUCGGCCCGGCAGUUCAAAGUGGCAUACUCUUGUCUUAUUGUCCUGAAGCAGACAAGUUUUAGGGUACAUGCAGGGUACAAAAUCUGUCCACAUGGAAUGUCGAUUGUGUGUGUACUCUGAAACUGCUCCGGCCUUGCCACUCCCAACCUUCCUGAUCAUAAUAGUUUGAGCUGAUUUGGUUCACUUAACAUCAAGGAGGAUAUUCCAUCCUGUGAAGGUGGGGGUGUUGUACCCUCUAACUGUUAACCCCAUGUGGGCAGCCAUCUUGGAAUAACGUUACAUCCUUUUAGAUCAUUAAUAUCAGUGAAGGGAUGAAUAUGUACAUGUAUUUUUUUCUCUCCAUUUCUUCAUCCAUGUUGAAUAUGUGUGUGAUUGAGUGCGAGAGAGGAUACAUUUCAAGUGAUAUGGGAUGAUGUUUCUCCUGAACAUGUGUGCUCGUGAUGGAGAGGGAUCAUCUCUUAAUCCGUGGAACCUCGGGCUGAGCUGAAAUGGCACCCUGUUCCCUACAUAGUGCAGUAUUUUGGGAACUAGCCAAAAGUGCACCAUAGCGUCAUUUCAGACACCCCUGGUCGUGUUCAUUGGGCACCAAACAAAAGAAAACAGUCUGAAACUGAGGGACUACGUGGACUUGUUCAUUAAGAAACGCUCCUUUUCUGUUCCAAAUGUUUUCUGUGGCGUUCCCUAAUGAACACGAUCCUGGAAACAUCCAUAUGUGUUAGCAUGGGAACCCACCAGCACAACAACUUGUACAACAGCAGCAGCUGGCGCCAGGUCUCUUGGGAAGAAGCAGCAGUAUCUCCAAGUAAAGAGGGGUAUUGUUAUAAAUAUAUAUAUAUAUAUAUAUAUACACACACACAUCUUAAAGACUAUCAGAAUAAAAUAGGAAAUUCCUUCCGCUUCAACGUUAUAUCGCUAACUUAUAAAUAGCUGUUUAAAGAACUAUUCAAUCAUAAUACCAUGCUAAUAAAAAAAGCUUUAAUCAUCCAUUCGCCAGGUCUGCUCUCUGCUAUUGUGCAACUAACACCAUGCAACGUGACUUUAUUAUUUUGACAAAGUGGACCCCGUUUCAUAACAAUCUAGAGAAGAUCUAUGGAUAGAGUCCAUAUCCAAGCGACAGAAAACACUCAAAUAAUAUAAAUGUUUUGUGAAAAUUGUAAAUGGAUGCUUAAUCAGUCACAGGUUGAGUUCAUAAAGGAGUGGACUGUGCGUGUGUAUAUGGUGCCAUACAGACUUGUCGAUUACUUCAGAGCUCUCUGCAGAUUGGCGUACCUAUAGAAAGUAGAGCUAGUCAUCUCUCUACAGAUUGGCGUACCUAUAGAAAGUAGAGCUAGUCAGCUCUCUACAGAUUGGCGUACCUUUAGAAAGUAGAGCUAGUCAUCUCUCUACAGAUUGGCGUACCUAUAGAAAGUAGAGCUAGUCAGCUCUCUACAGAUUGGCGUACCUUUAGAAAGUAGAGCUAGUCAGCUCUCUACAGAUUGGCGUACCUUUAGAAAGUAGAGCUAAUCAGCUCUCUACAGAUUGGCGUACCUAUAGAAAGUAGAGCUAGUCAUCUCUCUACAGAUUGGCGUACCUAUAGAAAGUAGAGCUAGUCAGCUCUACAGAUUGGCGUACCUAUAGAAAGUAGAGCUAGUCAGCUCUACAGAUUGGCGUACCUAUAGAAAGUAGAACUAGUCAGCUCUACAGAUUGGCGUACCUAUAGAAAGUAGAGCUAGUCAGCUCUACAGAUUGGCGUACCUAUAGAAAGUAGAGCUAGUCAGCUCUACAGAUUGGCGUACCUAUAGAAAGUAGAGCUAGUCAGCGUACCUAUAGAAAGUAGAGCUAGUCAGCUCUACAGAUUGGCGUACCUAUAGAAAGUAGAGCUAGUCAGCGUACCUAUAGAAAGUAGAGCUAGUCAGCUCUACAGAUUGGCGUACCUAUAGAAAGUAGA